GGUGAGGUUGUUGUCGUAGAGGAAGACGGAGCGCAGGGACGUGGCGAUGGACAUGUCCCUGGAGGCGCAGGAGUUCAAGCAGGUGGUGGACGAGAUCAUCCCGCUCAUCGGCGCGGCCAACGUGUGGGACUACCUGCCGGUGAUGCGGUGGCUCGACGUGUCCGGCGUGAGGAGCAGGAUCCUGGCCACUGUGAGCAGGAGGGACGCCUUCCUCCACCGGCUCAUCGACGCCGAGCGGCGGAGGAUUGGCGGUGCCGGCGACGAGGGCGAGAAGAAGAGCAUGAUCGCCGUGCUCCUCACUCUGCAGAAGACGGAGCCGGAGCUGUACACUGAUCAGAUGAUCAUCGCUCUGUGUGCGGUAAGUCACUUUUCCACUUGGUUGCUUCUCACAUACCCAAGUACUUCAACUGCGAGUAACACGGCCAUGUCACUUAGCUGGAUGAAUCCCACUUCCAACGUGUUUAUUUCUAGUAAUUUAAUUUUGGCCUUUCCCACUCUCAGCGCCGACGACGUGCCCCGCCUCAGCUACCUCCAGUGCAUCAUCAACGAGACGCUACGCCUGUACCCGGCGGCGCCGCUGCUGCUGCCGCACGAGUCCUCCGCCGACUGCAAGGUCGGCGGCUACGACGUGCGGAGCGGCACCAUGCUGAUCGUGAACGCGUACGCCCUCCACAUGGACCCGGCUGUGUGGGAGGACCCGACGGCGUUCCGCCCGGAGCGGUUCGAGGACGGCAAGGGCGACGGGCUGCUGCUGAUGCCGUUCGGGAUGGGGCGGCGGAGGUGCCCCGGCGAGGCGCUGGCGCUGCUGACGGUCGGGGUGGUUCUCGGGACGCUGGUGCAGUGUUUCGACUGGGACCGGGUGGACGGCGUGGAGGUGGACAUGACGGAGGGGGUGGGGAUCACCAUGCCCAAGGCCGUGGCUUUGGAGGCCGUGUGUAGGCCGCGCGCGGCCAUGCGCGAUGUUCUUCAGAAGCUCUGAAGGAUCGAACUUCUUGGCAUCUCAUAUGUACAGUAGUUUCCAGUAGCAUUGGCCCAUAUGUACAGUAGUUUCCAGUAGAAGUGGGGGUGACUGCGGGUUGAUAAUUGGAAACUGCAGGGGGUUUUCUGCAAAACUGCGUGCGCUGA